AUGCCUCAACUUUCUAUUCAACUUGAGUCUCAGCACUCCGCCUGCCCUCCCCCGCAGCCCGCCAAUGGCGUCUUUGGCCCCCACCAUCACCACCACCACAAGAUUACUAAUAAACUCAACAACAACGCCAUUCCAAACUAUCACCACCACCAAAACAUCCCAUCACCCGUCCCGCCACGACUCCUCCAUCCCAUUCCUGUCCCGGCAAUCUCUCUCGUAACCCUUCCAGCUUCUCCCCCUACCUUUGUAUCUUCUUCUAAAGCUCCACCUUGCAUCCAUCCGGACCGCUUGCCAUCUCUUUCCCCCCGCUCUCUCGCGGCCCCUACCACAACCAUAUCGCCACCACCGCCGCCUUCUUCCGCUCUGCCCGGCGGAAUUCCGUCGUCAACAAGUCCUCCAUCUUCUACACAAUCUACGACCUCUGCUAUAUCUCCUGGAGCUCCAUUUGUUUCUGCUUCAACCGCUUCUUCUUUAGUUUUUACACCUCAAAACUUUUCUGUCUUUGCAGCUUCAAGCCGCCUCUUUGCUCAACCACCAUCGGCUGCGGCUACUGCCAUAUCAGUUUUCUCAUCCCCCCUAGGCAAGUCGUUAAUAGGAACUCCUCAGGACUCGUUGUCGUCAUCUUCAGUAUCAUUUAUCACGUCUGGUAUAACUGCUACUGCUAAUAAUAAUACAAAUACAAACAGUUCUUCAAGCUCCUCGGCUUCUUCUUCAACUUCCUUAUCAAAUACCUCGCCGGCCUCUUCAACCUGCUCGCUCGAAAAGCAAAACGCACUGCCAGAAACUCCAAGCUCUGGCUCCGAAUUUUCUGCUUCUAAUCCGUCCUCUUUCUCUUCGGUGUCAUCAAUCUCUCCUCAGCUUAGUCUCGCGUCUCUAGCUGUAGGUUCUAAACAGCCGCAGCAUCAGCAGUAUCAACAACAACAACAGCAGCAGCAGCACUUACAACAACAACAACAGGCCAACCACCACACCACCUUCAACCUGUACAACUCAGCAUCAACAACCCCAUCCGCAGGAUCUGUUGCUGCCUCUGCCACGCCGUCUUCUAUGGCCUCUUCUUCAGCGUCAUUUGUCCCGCGCUCGGCCUCCGUGGCAGCAGCAGCUUCUGCAGCAACAACCUCUCCUAUCUGGGCCGCUCCCGCUUCUUUAACAUCUUCUCCAGGUCCUGGAACUACCGGACCUCGCCACAACUCUGUUUCCGAGAUUGACCGCGAGUUUGGAGAGCUUAGUCUCGGAUAUGGCUCCAAAGCCUCUUUCUCGGGGCCUUCGGUUGGAGCAGCACCAGGCCAGCGAACCCUACCCUCACUGACAUCGAGUCCUGCUUCUGGGCCACCCUCCAAAAUGUCUACUCCCACCACCACUCCGUUUAAACCGUUGAGUGUCUCAUUGCACUAUCAGCAACAGCAACAGCAACAGCAACAACAACAACAACAACAACAACAACAGCAACAGCAGCAGCAACAACAACAACAACAACAACUGCAGCACCUACAACUGCAACAACCAUUGCAACAAUCCAUGCAACAAAACCAACCUUCAAGUCGCCGCAACUCGGUACUUUCAGAUUCAAAGUUUUUUCCGGACUUUGUCAGCGGGUCUCCAUCCUUGACAGAGCCCGGGCUCCGUUCAAGCGCUAUUUCACCACCACCAAACGCUCACCUUCAACUGCAAUCCUCUUCAACAUCCCUUCAACCUUCGGCCCAGCCAACGCCCCAUCACCAACAGCUCCAUCUUAGCCUUCAGCAACAACAACAGCAGCAGCAGCUUCAGCAGCAGCAGCCAUCGCCAGCAUUCACUCCAGCCUCAAGCAUCAUGUCGUAUCGCAGCUCCCCUCGUUUCAACGGUUCUGCCGUUUCUUCCGCCUCAUCCACUCACGCCACUCUGCAGCGGUCAGCCCAACCAUUACCGCCACCACCACAGUCGUUUAUGUCUACGCCAGCACAACCCCCUCAGCCUGCUAACAAUCUCAUUUCGCUGCUUGACCGUUUUGCUAAUAUCGGCGAUGUGACACGCUCCGCUGAAAUUCAUGCGCACUCAGACUAUACGUCCCGUCACGGCUCCGUCUCGUCCGUCUAUUCAACUGGUAGCCCGGCCCUAACCGGCUCAUCUAGUCUUUACGGUGGAGACUCGUCUUACGCCACUACUAGUCCCUUUGCUUCACCCGUCCCGUCUCGCUUAGGUAGUGUUUCUGGGGCACCUUCAAUCUCUUCUCCAUGGCAGCAGUCUUCCACAGCAAGUGCAUCUACGGUUGUGUCACCAUCUAUGACCAAUACUCUUAGUCCACGGCCCUUUGACAGUCCCGGGGUAGACUUUACCAUGCGUUCACCUAUGCCCCAACAUCAAUACGCCUCUGUUUUCAGUUCUCCAGAAACUUCCUGGCAACAGCCCCAGCCUCAAGCCCAGCCUCAGCCACAAGCCCAGCAACAACCCCAGCAGAUGCUGCCACAAUCUCAACACCCAUCUCCUCAACAGAUACCUCUCGAGUAUGAGCAGCAGCCCUUUCGUGCCUCUCCCUCUGCCGCGUUGCGGCCCAAUGAAAAGACCCUGCGCCAGCAACUUGCAUACCAGCAGCAGUACCCAGACACAACAACCUACCACUCAUAUCCUCGCCAAGUCCAAGGCAGAGCCCGCAGCAGCGGUUCCAUCUCCAAUGGGCAUGGCAAUGGAAACGGUGGUGCGUCUCUUCCCUACGACUCUUCAAUGCGGUCUCCUCUUCUUGAAGAAUUUCGCGGUAAUAAACAGCGCAAGUACGAGCUGCGCGACAUUUAUGGCCACAUUGUCGAAUUUAGUGGUGACCAAUAUGGCUCUCGGUUUAUUCAGUCCAAAUUAGAAACUGCCUCAAGUGAAGAUAAAGAAGUUCUUUUUCUUGAACUUCGUUCUAAUGCUCUCCAGCUCAUGACGGAUGUUUUUGGCAACUAUGUCAUUCAAAAGUUUUUUGAGCUUGGAAACCAAAUGCAAAAAACAUUACUGGCCAAGCAAAUGGAGGGCCACGUUCUCAGUCUCUCACUGCAGAUGUAUGGCUGUCGUGUUAUUCAAAAAGCCAUUGAACACAUUUUGACGGACCAGCAAGCGCGUCUCAUUAAAGAACUUGAUGGUCAUGUUUUGCAGUGCAUCAAGGACCAAAAUGGCAACCACGUUGUGCAAAAGGCUAUUGAGCGCAUCCCGUCAGAACACAUUGGCUUUAUUUUGCGUGCUUUUGACGGCCAGGUUUUCAGCUUGGCCACCCAUGCGUACGGGUGCCGUGUCAUUCAACGCAUGCUCGAAUACUGUGACGAGUCUGCACAACAAGACCUCCUGCGUGAUCUUCACCAUUAUGCUUAUCAUCUUGUAGAUGAUCAAUACGGUAACUACGUCAUGCAGCACGUAAUCGAGCGCGGUAAGCCUGAAGAUCGUGACAAAAUUAUUGAGCUGGUACGUGUGUCGCUGCUUACCUUUUCGCGUCACAAGUUUGCGUCCAAUGUUGUUGAAAAAUGCAUUGUGUACGGAACCCCAGACCAACGGGCGGCUUACAUUGACGUUCUCCUGGGAGGUCCUGCCGAUACAGCUCCACCCAUGGAUUCUACGGCAUCGCCAUUGAGUCUCAUGAUGAAGGACCAGUUUGCAAACUACGUGAUUCAGAAGUUGCUGGAGUGCGCAGAAAAACCUCAGCGUGAUCGACUCGCUCGUCAUGUCAAGGCGCAGCUCCAGAUUCUCAAGAAAAUGUCGGUUGGCAAGCAUGUCACGUCUAUUGAGCGACUCCUCGACGAAUGUUCUGAAGUGUAG